AUGGUUUCUAGGAGUUCUGCCGCUCAAAAGCUUCGAGGAAACGCCGCCGACAGAAGACCCCCGCUGCACACAGCAGCAGCAGCAGCAGCAGCAGCAGUAGCAGCAGCAGCAGCAGCAACAAGUGCAGCAGCAGCAGCAGCAGUAGCAGCAGCAGCAGGAGCAGCAAGUGUAGCAGCAGCAGCAAGCGGGUUUAAAGAAGACGCGGAUGUCGUGCAGAGUUCUGCCGCUCAAAAGCUUCGAGGAAACGCCGCCAACAGAAGACCCCCGCUGCAGACAGCAGCAGCAGCAGCAGCAGCAGCAGCAGCAGCAGCAGUAGCAGCAGCAGGAGCAGCAAGUGGAGCAGCAGCAGCAGCAGUAGCAGCAGUAGCAGCAGCAGCAGCAAGUGUAGCAGCAGCAGCAACAGCAGUAGCAGCAACAGUUGUGGCAGUAGCAGCAGAAGGUGUUGCAGCAGCAGCAGCAGCAGAAGUAGUAGCAGCAGUAACAGCAAAAGGAGUAACAGCAGCAGCAGCAGCAGCAGCAGUAGCAGCAGAACCAGUUGCAGCAACAGCAGCAGAAGCAGUAGGAGCAACAGCAGGAGACAGAGGAGACAGACACAAAGGAGACAGAGAAAGAAGAGAGAGAAAAGAGAAAGAAGAGAAAGAAGAAAAAAGAAAAGAAAGAAAAGAAAGAAGAGACAAAGGAGACCAGUUGCAGCAACAGCAGCAGAAGCAGGGAGUAGCAGGGCGCUGGGCGCAGCAGCAAAUGAAGGGCCGCCUGGGAGUCUUCUUUGCUUCGGUCGUCAUCAGACUCAGCCAAAUAAAUGUCAUACGCAGCCCUGCUGCUGCUGCUGCUGCUGCUGCUGCUGCUGCUGCUGCUGCUGCUGUUGCUGCUGAUGCUGCCAGGAUGGUCGCCGCCGGUGCGGCUGCCCUGGUUGCGGCUAACUCGGUUGCUGCUCGGUGGAUUGCUGCUGCUGCUGCUGCUGCUGCUGCUGCUGAUGCUAGGUUACAGAAGGCGUUGGAUUCGCUGCAGUGCAGCAGCUGCAACCGACUACAAGCAGCGGGGCCUGAUGCAGCAGGUGCAGCAGCAGCAGCUGCUGCUCCCAGCAGCUCAGCAGCAGCAGCAGCAGCAGCACCAGCAGCAGCAGCAGCAGGAACGGGCCUCCGAAGGAAGCGCAGGCCCCCUUCAGAAGCUUCCUCAACAGGGUCUGCAGCAACAGAUGCAGCAGCAGCAGCAGCAGCAACAGCAGCAGCAGCAGCAGCAGAUGCUGCAAUAUGUCUCGAUUCAGAGGAGGAGGAGGAUGAGCUGGAGAGCCUUCGCAACGCCGAAUCUAUGCGGGCGCUGAGGGGCUUGCUGCAGCAGCAGCAGCUCUGCUGCUGCUGCUGCUGCAGGACGGCGGAGACGGGGAGAGACCUCACAGCGCAGCAUGCGGGGAUCAGACAACUCCUGGGAUUCGCCGCUGCUGAUGCUGAAUGCUUCAGGCGAAGCCUCAACCCGUCCGUCGCUGCUGCUGCUGCGGCUGUUGCUUCGUUACUAGGUGGGGAUGCAGCAGCAGCAGCAGCAGCAGCAGCAGCAGCAGUAGUAGUAGUUGCUGCUGCUGCAGCAGCAGGAAGAGAGAUAACUUUGUUAGGGCCCUUCUUGGGGGGCCCCCUGGCUCUUGUUGGGGGCCCCCCGGGGGCUACGAGACAGUUGGGGCGGAGCAUAAGACAGCAACUGCAGCAGCAACAUCAGCAGGACCCGCAGCAGCAGCAGCAACAACAAGACGACCCGCAGCAGCAGCAGCAGCAGCAGCGACCCCUCAGCGCCCGCAUAGAUUCGGCGUUGCGAAGGCUCUCCAGCUCAUCCUCCUCCUCCUCUGAAUCAAGACAUAUUGCAGCAUCUGCUGCUGCUGCUGCUGCUGCUGUUGCUGCUGCUGCUGCUGCAUCUGUUGCUGCAGACCCUGCUGAGGAAGCUUCUGAAGGGGGCCUCCGCUUCCUUCGGAGGCCCCUGCAGCAGAGCGCAUCCUUACCAGCUGCUGCACUGCAGCGAAUCCAACGCCUUCUGCAACCUGAAACAAACAGCAGCAGCAGCAGCAGCAGCAAGCAGCAGCAGCAGCAGCAGCAAACAGCAGCAGCAGCAAGCAGCAGCAGCAGCAAGCAGCAGCAGCAGCAAGCAGCAGCAGCAGCAAGCAGCAGCAGCAGCAAACAGCAGCAGCAGCAGUUUCACAAGACACAAACCAAUAGCUGA